GCCAUCUUGAUCUUGUUCUGGUCGCGGAGGGUGGAAGAGGCAAAGGGGGGCGGCGAUUUUCUAGGGUUUCGACGAAGGCUUUGGCGAGAUGGAGGCGGCGAGGUAUUCGAGCUGGCAGGAGGUGGUGGUGUCGAACGGAAAGGGGCGCCGGGUGGUGCACUACUACCUCAAGGGCGCCGGCGGCAGGGCGGAUCUGGCGGUGGUGGGCCGGGAGAAGAGUUCGCGACACAUGUCCUACGUUGUCCCGAAUCAGUUUGUUAGAUCUCUCAUCGCCAGGCCCUAUUUCCUACAACCCUCACCCUCUUCGUCAUCGUCGUCGCUGAACUCGCCGCCGGAGGCGGUCUCGUUCAAGUGGCGCUCGAGGAGGGAGGUCAUCGACUGGUUAUCUUCCCUCGUUUCAGAUCCCAUUGGCACUGUAUCUUCUCCUUCUCCUGAUAGGUUUGGGGUUGGUGAGGAUUAUGAAACUGCAGAUAUGCUAAACUUUAAGUUUCCUUCAGAGAAAAGAAAGCAUCCUUCAAGAGAAUUUCAAUGGCUAGGUGCCCUGUGGCUAUGCAGAAAAAGGAAAAGGCAUUAUCGAUCCUUCUGCAAGAAUGGAGUUACAAUUUCGGUCCAUGAUUUUAUCUUUGUUAUGGUGGAGGAGAACAAGAGACGCGUUGGAUAUGUGGAUGAUUUAUAUGAAGACUCACGGAGCAACAAAAAUAUGGUUGUGGUACGAUGGUUUCACGAAGUUGAUGAACUUGGUAUUGUUUUGCCUCCCGAUGCUAAUGACAGAGAGAUUUUCUUUUCUCUUUGUCUUCAAGAUUUCAGUGUUGAAUGCAUCGAUGGGUUGGCUGCAGUCCUCAGCCCUCAGCAUUUCGAACAAUUUCAGAAUGAGGCAAGGCACACCAGUUGGAGACCUUUCAUGUGCCACAGGCAGAUCGAUAAUGAUGACAUCAAACCAUUUAACAUAACUCAGCUCCAAGGCUACUGGAGUCAGGAAAUAGUUCGUUCUAUGUCCUUCACGUCGCCUUUUAAGUUGCGAAUAAAGAGAAGCCGUCCAAACUCUAGUUUUUCUGAGCAUAAAAGCAGUGAUGUUUCUGUAAGUGGUUCCAAGAGGAAGCACCUUUCGCAAGCCGAGAGUGGUCAUGAUGCAGAAACUUCUUCCGUAGAUAAGACAAGGCCUGUUUGCAGCAAGUCUGGAAGGAACCCUGCUAACACCCUUUCUGAAUCUGCAUUGCCAACAAAAGAAUUAUCCGAACACAAAUUUCAGCAACAGUUUCAUGCUGGGACUCAUGUUGAAAUACUUUCACAAGACAGCGGAAUAAGAGGUUGCUGGUUCCGAUGUGUGAUUAUAAAGAGGCACCGCGACAAGGUGAAGGUCCGUUACCAAGAUAUUCAAGAUCCGGAUGAGAGUGGCAAUUUAGAGGAGUGGAUUCUACUAUCCAAAAUUGCAGGACCUGAUAGUCUCGUGAUUCAUAGUGAGAGGCCCAUUGUUCGUCCAAAGCCUUUGCAGGGUGUAUCAGUUUGCCAUUUCCAUGUUGGUGCUAUUGUAGAUGCGUGGUGGCAUGAUGGAUGGUGGGAAGGUAUUGUUAUACGAGAAGAAUCUAUGGGGCGACUGCAUGUAUACUUUCCAGGAGAAAAUUGUUCCUCUACUUUCAGCGAAGCUCAGCUGCGGCAGUCCCAUGAUUGGAUCAGUAACAAGUGGAAUGCUAUAGAAGACAGGGUCGACAUUGCCAACUCUCUGCUGUCUAGUAUCAAGGAUUCACCUCUGCUUGGCUCCUUCAAAGGGAACCUCACGAUGCAAAUGGUUACCAAUAGCUUAUCGGCUGGUGGCACAGCUAGCGGGGGUUCAUCAAGUGAUUGGGAGGCUGGCAUUCCAGACCUGACCAAGGACUACCAGUUCAAGCUAAAAUGGAGUUCAUCCAAGAAGAGGAAACAUCGAAGGGAAGUGAAUCUCAAUGAUGCUUCUGCUUUGAAGAAACGACAUCGUGUGACUAACAGCAGUAGCCAUCAGGCCUUGGAGGAGCAUAUUCUAUGUGGAAGCUUUGUGCUGCCCAAGUCAUUGACAGUAGAUCAUGAGAACUGCAAGAUUGGUAGUGAUCCCCUUUUCAGUACCCCAAUGGCUCUUUCCAAUCUGGUGAUGUCCCAGUAAAGUUUCAAGAUUGUACAGCCCCCAAAACCGGAGGGAAUGUGAUACUUAUUCAAUUGGUCAUUACUAACCAUGGCUUGAUGCAAUUUUCAAGCAUCACCAUGCUUGCUCCUCUCAGACCAGGGAUUCUGUAGGAUUAAUAAACACCUUGAGCUGACGAAUUCUGACAUGUACUUCUUGUAUUUAUAGCUCAUUUAGGACUGUAACUAGGAUUGCUUGAUGUAACAAUUCCUGGAAGUUCUAUUCUAACCUUUAUCAGUACAAGUAAAUCCAAAUUUUGCUGCCUA